AUGAGCGUUUCACGGACAGGAAAAACGUUGACAAAAUAUAAAAUUGUUUUCCUUGGUGAACAAAGCGUGGGUAAAACUUCCCUUAUCACGAGAUUUAUGUAUGAUACAUUUGAUGACAACUACCAAGCGACUGUUGGCGUUGAUUUCUUAUCUAAAACUGUUUACCUAGAUGAUCGGACAAUAAGAAUACAACUAUGGGACACAGCAGGCCAGGAACGGUUCAGAUCGUUAACUCCUUCAUACAUUAGAGCGUCACACGUUGCCAUUGUUGUAUAUGAUGUGACGAAUAGGGAGAGUUUUGAAUACAUAGAUAAAUGGGUUGAAGACGUUAUGAAUGAACGUGGUGAGGGUAAUGUGAUAUUGUGUAUUGUAGGUAAUAAAAAUGAUCUGGUUGAUGAAAGGAAAGUUACUACAGAAGAAGCAGAAAAGAAGUCGCAGGUCCUUAAUGCCAAGAUAUUUAUGGAAACGUCUUCUAAAGUGGGAUAUAAUGUUAAAAAUCUGUUCAUUAAGGUCGUUAAGCUUAUACUGGAAUUCGAAAACGUGAAUGACAGCGGCGUGGAUUUAGGCGCCGAUAAAAAAGGUGCCAAUGAUAAUAAACCUGGUAUUGUUGACAUCUCAUCUCCUGCCCAAAAUGAUGGGGCUCCGACAUGUCAAUGUUAA